CAAGUCGUUUAUUCUUCGAUUUUUCUCUCUGAAUUUGUAAUUCACUGACCCAAGUUCGGCUUAGUGAUCACAUUUAUUACUUUUAUAGUAAUUUCUACUUCAAAGAUAGUAUUAAUCGUGUAAUAUUAAUUGCAUUCUUAUUUUUACACUCUAAUUAAAUAAAAAACAAAAGAUGAUGGGACCAGGUGCUCCAUUAUUAUUUCUAAGUCAAAAUACAAAACGUCAAUCUGGACGAAAAGUACAGAAAGAGAAUAUUGAAGCAGGAAAGGCCAUUGCUGAUGUCAUACGAACAUGUUUGGGACCUCAAGCUAUGUUGAAAAUGUUAAUGGACCCGACUGGGGGUAUCGUAAUGACUAAUGAUGGAAAUGCUAUCCUUCGUGAGAUUACAGUUCAACACCCUGCUGGAAAAUCUAUGAUUGAAAUCGCUAGAACUCAGGAUGAAGAAGUCGGAGAUGGAACUACUUCAGUUAUUGUCCUUGCUGGAGAAAUAUUAGCAACUGCUGAACCAUUUUUGGAACAAGGAAUGCAUCCCACUGUCAUCAUUAGAGCUUAUCGACAAGCCUUAGAGGAUAUGAUUGAAAUCCUCCAAGAUAAAGUCAGUGUAGCUCUCGAUCCAACUGACAAAAACAAACUUGUAGAAGUUGUAAAAUCUUGUGUUGGCACUAAAUUCAUCGGUCGCUGGUCUGAUUUAGCUUGUCAGAUUGCUUUAGAUGCUGUCCACACUGUUUUACUUGAAGAAAAUGGACGUCGUGAGAUUGAUAUUAAACGUUAUGCUAAAGUAGAAAAAAUCCCCGGAGGCAGUAUUGAAGACAGUCAUGUUUUAAAAGGAGUUAUGUUGAAUAAAGAUAUAACUCAUCCCAAAAUGAAGCGUUGUAUCAAGAAUCCAAGAAUCAUUCUUCUUGAUUGCAAUCUCGAGUAUAAAAAAGGAGAAUCCCAGACGAAUGUUGAAAUCAUGAAGGAAACUGAUUUCACUCGUGUUUUACAGCUGGAAGAAGAGCAUAUUAAAAAAGUUUGUGAAGAUAUUAUUGCUGUAAAACCUGACGUCGUAAUUACUGAAAAAGGUGUUGCUGAUUUAGCUUCUCAUUUCUUGAUGAAAGCUGGUAUUUCAGCUAUUCGUCGAGUUCGUAAAUCUGAUAACAAUAGAAUUGCUAGAGCUUGUGGAGCAACAAUCGUCAAUCGUACUGAGGAACUCCGUGACGAAGAUGUUGGUACUGGAGCUGGACUUUUUGAAAUCAAGAAACUUGGUGAUGAAUACUUUUGCUACAUUACUGAAUGUAAAGACCCAAAGGCUUGCACGAUUGUUCUUAGAGGAGCCAGUAAAGAUGUUUUGAGUGAAACAGAGAGAAAUCUUCAAGAUGCUCUUCACGUUGCUCGUAAUCUUCUAUUGGAGCCAAAACUAGUUCCAGGAGGUGGUGCCGUUGAAAUGGCAGUCUCACAGCUUCUAGGAGAGAAAGCAGCUGGAAUUGCAGGUGUUGAGCAAUGGCCUUAUAAAGCAGUAUCACAAGCUUUGGACAUUAUUCCUAAAACGCUUGCACAGAAUUGUGGUGCUAAUAUUAUCCGUACAUUGACGGCUCUUAGAGCUAAACAUGCAACUGGAGGAAACACUUGGGGAAUUGACGGAGAAACUGGUGAACUGGUUGACAUGAAAGUGCGUGGCAUUUGGGAACCUUUAAGUGUUAAAAUGCAAACGUAUAAAACAGCUAUUGAAACAGCUAUUCUACUGUUGAGAAUCGAUGAUAUUGUCUCUGGAACUAAGAAGAAAGGUGAUCACUUCCAAAGCUCACAGGCACAACCUACAGAAGAAUCAAUGAAAGAGUAAUUUAAUAAAACUCAAUUUCUUUCAUGCAUUAUUUCAAUACUUGAAAAAUUUUGUUUCAUGUAUAAUUUCUUAUUAACAAAUGGCUUCAUGUUCACACGAUAGCUUUGUAUUCUCAUUGAGACAUUUUUAAAAAAUAAUAAAAUAAUUAACAAAA